AUGGGUAACCCUGUCGCUCCCAUAUUGGCUAAUCUUUGGAUGGAAUACUUUGAGGCGGAGGUAUUACGUCAAUAUAAGAAUAUCAUCAAAGUGUGGAAACGAAACGUUGAUGAAAUCUUCUGUAUCUUCACUGGGAGUCAACAGGAUAUUGAGCAAUAUAUUAGGGACCUAAACUCCAUUCAUGCAAAUAUGAAAUUUACAUAUAAAAUGGAAACAGAUAGAACUUUGGCAUUCCUGGGUAUCGAACUAUCGGUGCGAGCAGAUGGAACUUUGUCACAUGGCAUUUACUGGAAAUCUACAGCUGCAGGCAGGUUCCCAAAUGCAACAUCGCAUCAUCACCCCCGCCUCUUGCAAUCUAAAAUCACAUCAUUGAAAAACAGAUUACACGACCUCUGUGACUCUGAACAUUUAGAACAAGAAUUGGACAACUUGUCUAAGGUGCUGCCCAAAAAUGGAUAUCACAUGAAUAGGCGUUUUAAACAACUAAAGAAAUGUGGACAACCUCAGGGAAAAACACGACCAAUUUACUUGCCAUACAUUCAGGGAGUGACUGAUAAGAUCGGGUCGCUCUUAGUAAGGAAAUAUUCGAUACCUACAAUAUAUCAAUCGGGAACAAAAAUCAAACAAUUACUAAGCAAACCAAAGGAUGACUUACGGUUACAAAAACCGGGCAUCUACAAAAUAAAUUGUAGCUGUGGAAUGUACUACAUUGGACAAACGCGACGAACCAUAGCCAAGAGAUUCAAGGAGCACAAAGCAGCUUUAAAAAAUAAAGAAAUUGAAAAGACAGCUGUAGCUGAACACGUACUUGAUUCAGGCCCUGGUCACUCGAUAGAAGAUCGUGUAGAAGUUAUCUCUAAUGAUCCCUGUGAUCGUUCAAGACGUAUACGAGAAGCAAUUGAAAUCAGGAAACGUAAGCCGUUUACAUUCAAUCGGGUAGGUGGGUUAAAAUUAUCAGGCAAAUGGGACCAAGUGAUUGAGAAAAUAAGCCUUAAGAAGAUUAAUAAUAUGGACACUGAUAGUCUAGAAUAUGAAGGUAUACAGCCUGUACAACAGCGGUACGCACUCGAGUCCGUGGAAAACAAACUAUUUUAA